CUUGAAAGGCAGCUGCCUAGGAGGAGCCAGGUCCUACGACACUUGCCGUUGUGUGUCGUGGCAGCUGCCUCGAAUAUCGCAGAUGGCCCUUCCAUAAGUUGAUUUUGGGUGAUGUUUGUCAAAAUAGUUGGUUGUGUGGCUAGAGCCAUUUCUACUUGUUCCCAACAUGGCGUGCGGAUACAUCGUUUACCGAAAAACCCCAAUAGAGGAUGCCCGUGAGAGAUCACCCGUCAACAUGGCUACGAAGAAUGGACUUAUAACUUCUUCAUUCAAGGUGGUGAAGAAAGCAACAAAUGUAGCAAAGCGGGAUGAGAGGCCUCCUCCUCCACCACAAAAUACAGAAACUCCAUCACCCCGACAUGAAGACCAACAGAAACUGAGACAGUUUGACCUGGACUGGAGAUAUGGGCCCAGUACAGGUAUCAGCAGGCUUCAAAGAUGGGACAGGGCAAAGAUUCAUGGUUUGAAUCCACCUGAGGACAUCCGAGACUUGCUGCUGCUAAAACAAACUGAUCAAGAGGACAAGUUGAGUUUAUGGAGCGAAUAUCCUUUGUGAUGAUGACUCAAGAAGAAGAAAGCUUGAGGAUCAAGGAGGGCUCAAGUUGUGUCAACACUGCUGCUUUGCCAAUCAGAACACAGAAUCCCAACCUCUUCUCUUCCAUAUAGGGAAUAAAGUAACAAAAAGAAUCGAAAUGUUCCCUAGUGUUUGUUACAGUAAAAUAGAGCAAGCAUAUUAGCCACAAUAGGCUCAAUUAAAGGAGCUAAGUUUGAGUUUUCA